AUGCUCCGCCGCGCCCCCACAUCCAUAACUCUCACGACGGAAGACAUAGCCAUCUACGAAGACUCACGACAAGCGGAACGCAAUGCAGAGGAAGAUACAAGGGUGAAAGCUGAUGCGGCGCGCCGUAAAAAAGCGAGGGAGAGAUCGGAAUUUGGGAGUAUUUGGGGGAAUAAUUAUAGGGAGGCGCAGUCGUUGGCUGCGCAGAUAAGAGUGGAUAAUGCGAGGGAGGCACAUAUAGGGGGUGGUAGUGGUAGUGGUAGUGGUAAUGGUGACGGUGAUGGUGAAGGGAAUACGGAGAAUGAAUUGAGUGAGGAUGAGGAUGUGCAGAUGGAGAGGGAGAGGGAGGAGCGGGCGAGAGAGAGGGAGAGGGAAGAGAGGGCGAGGGAAAGGGAUAGGUCUAGGGUGCAGGAGAGGGAGGCGAGGGUACAGAGGAGUAGGGAGGAUAGGCUGGGGCUAGGAGGUCGGCGGAUCGGGUAG